AUCACUCUUCACACUCUCUGUUCCACGCCUCCAUUCCUCUCUUAGCGUACGCCAUGGCCGCACUACCUACAUUCUCCCUCAUCGCCUUAAUUUUCUCUUUCCUGGUCGUAUUCUCCACCGUCGGUGGCCACAACAUCACGGAAAUCCUCUCCGGCUCGCCGGAUUAUUCGCAGUUCAACAGUUACCUCACCCAGACGAGGCUCGCCGACGAGAUCAACAGCCGCACCACUAUCACCGUCCUGGUCCUCAGCAAUGGUGCCAUGUCCGCACUCGCCGGAAAACACCCACUCUCCGUCGUGAAGAACGCCCUUAGCCUCCUCGUCCUCCUCGACUACUACGAUACUCAGAAGCUCCACCAGAUCUCCAAAGGUACCACACUCACCACCACUCUCUACCAAACUACUGGAAAUGCCCCUGGGAACCUUGGGUUCGUCAACAUCACCGAUCUCAAAGGCGGCAAGGUCGGAUUUGGCUCCGCCGCUUCGGGAUCCAAGCUCGAUUCGUCCUACACCAAAUCCAUCAAGCAGAUUCCGUACAACAUCUCCGUUCUCGAGAUCGACGCGCCGAUAAUCUCUCCGGGGCUUUUGACGGCGCCUGCACCUUCCGCCGCCGAAGUUAACAUCACGGGGUUGCUUGAGAAGGCCGGUUGCAAGACAUUCGCCAAUUUGCUUGUGACGAGUGGUGUGAUUAAGACCUACGAAUCGGCCGUCGACAAAGGUUUAACGGUUUUCGCGCCAUCCGAUGAAGCGUUCAAGGCCGAUGGAGUUCCAGAUCUGAGCAAGCUCACCCAGGCUGAGCUCGUCUCGCUCCUAGAGUAUCACGCUCUGACCGAGUACAAGCCCAAGGGCUCGCUCAAGACGAACAAAGGCUCGAUCUCCACAUUAGCCACUAACGGAGCCGGGAAAUUCGGUAUCACGACUUCAACAUCCGGCGACGAGGUCGUCCUCCACACAGGCGUUGGCCCAUCCAGAGUCGCCGACACUGUGCUCGAUGCAACUCCGAUCGCGAUUUUCACCGUCGACAACGUCCUCCUCCCCACCGAGUUAUUCGGAAAAUCUCCAUCUCCGGCGCCGGCUCCUGAGCCAGUGAGUGCACCGACGCCGUCUCCGGCGAAGUCACCGAGUCCCGCAGAAGCUCCUUCACCUCUCGCCGCCUCACCCCCGGCUCCUCCGAUGGACACACCAGAAGGAGCUCCGGCAGAUAGUCCGGCCGCUGCGGAAAACAGCAAGGCGGGCAAUGCGGCGGGUUUGAGUUUGUGA